GAAGAAGCUCCGCAUCAGAGGCAAAGAGAGAGAAAGGAGAAGGAAAAACCAGUUGGGGAAUAAAUUGGGGAUCCCUCAAAGAGCUGAGGAGUCUUUGUUCUUGGAGGCUUUUGAUGAUUGACCUGUUCUGUUCUGCUGCCUCUCUUCUGCAAGGAAAUACUUAAAAUGGAAGACCUGAUGUGAGCACAGAAAAAGAAAAGAGGAAAAAGCUUUUUGCAGGUUUAUUUUGCUGCACGGAACAAAGUGAUACACAUGGAGACGCAGCACUUGGAAGUGAGCGACUGAAGACUUAAUCCAUUUACAAGGAGAGAGAAAAAGCACUUCAGAAGAAGCGAGAGAAUCUAAACACAGACCCUGAGCAGAAGAGGACGAGAAUCAAGAGAAAAAAAAACCCACAGUUUGAGACUUUACUGUUUCCUGUGCCAUCUGUAGUUUUCUUCUCCUCUGCUCCACAAACUGAAGCGCAGCCAUGCAGGUGUCCAUCGCCUGUACGGACCACAACCUGAAGAGAGGGAAUGGAGACCACAGCAAGCAGAGCGCCACCAGCCCCAACGUGGUGAACCAAGCCCGGGCCAAGUUCCGCACCGUGGCCAUCAUUGCGCGCAGCUUCGGCUCCUUCACUCCACGGCACAUCUCACUGAAGGAGUCCACGGGGAAACACACGGGCAUGAAGUACAGGAACCUUGGAAAGUCAGGACUCAGAGUAUCUUGCCUAGGAUUGGGUACGUGGGUGACAUUUGGGGGACAGAUAACAGACGAGGUUGCAGAGCAGCUAAUGACUAUUGCCUAUGAGAGCGGAGUCAACUUGUUCGACACAGCUGAGGUCUACGCAGGCGGCAGGGCCGAAAUCAUUCUAGGAAACAUUAUCAAGAAGAAAUGCUGGAGGCGAUCGAGCUUGGUCAUUACAACUAAGCUCUACUGGGGAGGAAAAGCGGAAACGGAGAGAGGACUGUCAAGGAAACACAUUAUUGAAGGUCUGAAAGGCUCUCUACAAAGGAUGCAGUUGGAGUAUGUAGAUGUAGUUUUUGCCAACCGCCCAGACAGCAAUACUCCCAUGGAGGAAAUUGUUCGAGCCAUGACCUACGUGAUAAACCAAGGCAUGGCGAUGUACUGGGGGACGUCUCGGUGGACGGCCAUGGAGAUCAUGGAGGCGUAUUCUGUGGCAAGACAGUUUAAUCUAAUCCCUCCGGUGUGUGAGCAGGCAGAGUAUCAUCUCUUCCAGAGGGAGAAAGUAGAGGUGCAACUGCCUGAACUUUACCAUAAGAUAGGAGUUGGGGCGAUGACGUGGUCACCGCUGGCGUGUGGCAUCAUCACAGGAAAAUAUGAAAAUGGCAUUCCUGAAUCUUCCAGGGCCUCCAUGAAGUCCUAUCAGUGGUUGAAAGAGAAAAUAGUGAGUGAAGACGGAAGGAAGCAACAAGCCAAGCUGAAAGAGCUCAACCACAUUGCAGAGAAACUGGGCUGUACCCUUCCUCAACUGGCUGUCGCGUGGUGUCUAAGAAAUGAAGGAGUGAGCUCAGUUCUGCUGGGAACAUCCAACCCUGAACAGCUAACUGAGAACCUCGGGGCCAUACAGGUCCUUCCUAAGAUGACCUCUCAUGUGGUGUCAGAGAUCGACCACAUCCUGGGCAACAGACCGUACAGUAAGAAGGAUUACCGCUCUUAGACCCGGCUGGUAAACUACCCAAGAGGUCAGCUGUACCUACCUACUUAACCAUACUGCUACCUUGGACCCUCCGUUCAGUGUUCAUGUCCAUGGUUCUCUCCUUGGGCCCAACUUCAGCUCCAGCCCACUUCAGCCUGGAAUAGACAGCCUUGCUAAGUCCAGCGUUGCAUACCGUAACUAUGUCUGUUUGAGACUCGUCCUGCUCAGAUCAGCUCUACCAGGUUCAUCUCAGGUGCAGUCCAGCUCAGCCAAGAAAUGCUUAACAAACUCAGCUUUUUGCAGCCUCAAUCGAACCUUAGUCCAUUUGAAUAGAUUAAAACUUUGUCCCCCCUGCUGAGGUCUUACCCCAUUCACCAACAGUCCAUGCAGAUGUAACUAUGCAGAACUUAGAGUAGUCCAUAUUAGGCUUCCCUACAUCGCAAUUCAGCUCCAUUCAGGGCUCUUGUUUUGAAAUGCAAUCAACUGAGUUGAUAUUUUGACUUCAGUUAGAUGGCAAGGUAUGCAACUACAGCUUGCUUUUUUGGAGAUAUCCAACUUCACAUUCACAUACAGUUAGUAAAUGACCACAGAAAAGAAAUGCAACAAUAUUUCAAGUAAAAGUGCCUUGCUCAAGGGCAUCCUGUUCGUAGUUGCUGAGUGAGACGCUUAUAUUGCUGAUUCAUACUUGCUACCUACAUCUACAGUUCAGUAUAUCGGCCAAACCUUCAAUACUCAAGCCUUCUUAUUUAAGUCCAGACUAAUUUAAUUUAAUUUGGACACAAAAUUCAUGCUGGACACAUAUUUUAUUUAUGAGAACUACUGUACAGCAGCUGAAUACAUCAAUGCAAGCAGCUUAGACUUAGGAAUUAGAGGUACCUCAUGGAAGUGGACAUGAAGAACCUUCAGUUGCAUGCUGAACACCCUUAGUCAGUCAGUGCUUUCAUUAAAUUGCUAUGCAGUGCAACAAACAGAAUUACCAUAAGAGCUUAAAGCUUCCACCUCCUGUGUCAGAGGUACACACUCAAGUCAUGGGUUAAAGUCUCUUUCCCAUGGAAUUUGGGGUGUAGCAAUGGCAAGGUGACCUACUCAUGCUUCAUUAAAACUGAGCUUUAUGAAUAUGAAUGAGGCCAGUUCCCUAUUAGCUUCAAUUACGUUUCAACUACCUAACAAAUAUAACCAGUCCCAUAGUUAGUAUAGUACAAAAUAGUAUUCAAUAAAUAUUAUAGGCUGCAAAUCCUGAGCAUAUUAACCAACAGAUGCAUGUUUUACCCUGCUAUAGUGUGCCUCUUUCUUCUCUUUGACAAAGCACAUAAUUAACCAACAGAGUCUGAUCAAAAUUACUGCAAGCUUGUCAACUGUAUGUGACCCCCUGUGAAGCAGAGAAUUGUGGGACAUUGAGUGUCAGUAUGAGUGGGACUCUGUGAGGGGAGAGAGUGAAGCAUGUCGCCCCCGUGUGGUCUUUUUAAGGGACUGCUACUCUGCUUCACAAAAUUAGGAGAUUUAGGAGAGAAAUGUUGCUUUGCAAAAAAUAAGUGGACUCCUUUUCUCUGAGUUUGCAUUCAUUAUGGAGACGCUCGUUUCUGCUUGUGAACGGAACCUGCAUUGCUUCAAAGAACCUUCAAGAUAUGGACUUAUAAUAAAUAUAUGAAAUAAAAGAAUGACUGGCUUCAGGUCUGGUCAUGGUUAGAAUAACUACAAAUAUUGCUUGUUAAUGGCACAAUGUGGCAUAUAGACAAGGUAUCUGGGAUGUGGCAAAGAUUACAGUAUUUAUUCUAGAGUAGAUAAUAAAUAUGAAAUUUAUUUUGACAUUUUGAAAUAUUGUUUUUGUUUGGAGAUGUUACAUGUACAUAAAAAGUUAAGGCAUAACUUGUAACAUAAGCAAAACCAUCAAGAAGCCUCUCUUGCAUACGGGGACUUCACUGUACUGUAUGGCUAAUAUAUAAAUAAGAUGUAAAUAGAGUUAUUUUGUUGCUCCUCUGCAGUAUCACUGCAUCAUUUGCAGUGUUUGAGCCACUGUUCAUCCCGUCCUCCUCCUCCAGCCUGACUUUACACUGUCACAGAAUUGAUUUCUGUCUCCGGAAAGACAUGUCAGAGGACUAUUUAGAAGGAGAAAGGGUCGAUUUUGUUUUGUUUCCGCAUUGUGAAGUCAUUCAUAAAUUCUGUAUUAAUCAUGGAGUUGUUUGAAAAAUGAGCUUCUGCUAUGAGACGUGAAUAAUGAGCUUCAGUGUUUCUCAGUGACUUCACCUUGAAUCAUUAUCUCUGACCAGGUGGAUCCACUCUCGGAAGUUCACGGUUGUUGUCUGACUGUAUUAUUUUUUGUUCAUCUGGAAAACAAGCCAUCAAUGAGAUCAGCAGAAUUGUUGGCCAGGUUCCAGCUGAGUCACUGUCUUGUCCUUGAUGCACAUUUGUUGACUUAUAGCACAGACACCUUCUAUAUUUUAAUCAAAGGAAAUUUCAACAGCCACCUAUAGGUCUGCCAAACACACCGUUACACGAGCCAGCUUUUGUCUCACAACCCAUUUAUUGAAGUCUGAUCCUGAAUGAUGAGUACACGUGGCCCUGCAGUCAUUAUUGUGAUGCAAACAGCUGCACACAGACAAACAAAAGGAAAAUUAAAAUGUGCUCUUUCCCUUAUUUCUCACCCCAGCUCAAUGAAAAUAGGUGCAUCAGUGUAUCACUUGUAUCCUUUACUGUAACAUUUUCGUGGCAAAAAUGUGAGGCGUGUUCCAUUAUGUAUUCUACAUUUGCUGUCAAGUCAACAAGUUGCCCAUCAAUUCAAGUCUGUGAUCAGUCAUUGUUGGACCGUGGCCACCCGGCAGAGUGCCUUGACUCGAGUCCCGCUACAGGAAUAAAUUCAGGGAUGUCUUUCAUUACAAGUUGGUAAAUUAUGUCUGGGUGCUGGACUACAAAAUAAUGUGACAAUAGAACCAUGUUUAUGCAAAUCAUAGACGCAGAUUAUAUUAUUUGUCUUAAUAUUAUUUGUCUAAUCUGUCUUUACAUCAUUGCACAGAAUGCAGAGCAGCAACAUACAUCACAAAGAGGAAGCUGCCUCAAAGUGAAGGAUACGAAUCCUUUGUUAUUGUUCUCUAUUGUGCGACAGAACGUUACUUUGCUCCACCUUGGUCCUCAAUUUGUGCUGUGGCAUUUCAGUCACACUAUAAUAAAAUGCUUUCUUUGAUGCGAUAUCGCCACCUUGAACCCGCCAUUUGCGUCACAAAACAUAAUAUAGUGAUAAUUUAAGCAAACUGGAAAUGAAUCUGUGUUUGAAAGAACAAUUGCUGUUUUCAAUGCAGAUUCACAACCUGAGAGAUAAAUGUAAAGGCCAGGAUUGAGCAAAGCAUCAAGCAUUUCAUCUUUCACUGAUUUCAAGCUAGCUGCAGGGUGUCACAUCAACUCUUUGAUUUCCUGUUUCUGUACGACUCCAACCUAAAUCAACCAAGAUGUUGUGUAUUGCAUACUACAGAUCAGUGUUGUGUUCUGCAACAAGUUGAUAUGUGGGUAGAAAAGGCUUGAGGGACAUUGAGUUUUGUUCUUUUUGUUGUGUGACAUGCAAACGAUGAGUGUAUUGUUUCCUCUCCUGAACAGUGAUUUCUCUGUAAAUAAGUCUAUACGAAAGUGUGAUUAUAAAUAAAUGCAUUGCCAAUGGAAA